AUGCUGACGGUUCUUGGCCUUGGUGUGGCGCUGGUGUGGCAUCUGGGCUGGUUCUUAUGGCGACUGUAUCGAGAACGACGCACCUUGAGCAGGUUAUUUAAUGAAGAGGACUCCGAAGUGCUGGAACAGGAGCUAGGUCGAUUCCCCGCGGAUCUUCUAUCGCUGAGGAUCAAACAGGUCGCGUGUGUGCGACUUCGACACUUGCAGGUGCUGUGCAAUGCGAGAGACUUUAAACAACAGCUGGAAGCCGUGGAAUUCCGGGAAAUCGAGAUGGAAUUAGUGAAUCUGCCGCUGCAUCCGACGUCAAGGAAAGAAAUGACGUUCGCUGAGAUGAUGACAGCCGUGGAGGAGAUUGCGUGUCGAGGAGAACAGGUGGCAGUGGAGAUGAUGCAGCUUGUCGUUCCUCCUCGUUGGAAGAGCUACGUGGACGAGAACUCGUGGCUAAAGGCACAAGACGAAGGGCUACAGAAUUUACACGUGGAGAACGCUCGCGUCCAGCAGCUUUCCGAGCAGAUAUCCGAGCUCAUUGUAGCGAGAAUGAACUCGAGCGAGCCUCUACCCAAGCCAGUCUUCCUGUUGCUAUUGGCGUCACUACGUCAGAGCUCUGGAACUCCGCCACAGAAUGGAGCUAGUACCAACGCCACGUCUAGCGAGAUGGACGCGUUUGCGAGGUGCUGGAGUGGCAGUAUGACGAUGAGUGGCAGUGUGGCGAAUCUCAAGGACAAGGACGAGUUCAAUUUCCUACUCAAAGCGUACGACGAGAAGUCGGAACAGCAAAAAGUCCAACAAGAACUACAGCGUGCGAUCGAGUACUUCCAGUCAGCUCACGAACCCGAACACGAACAGUUGCUACUAUUAGAGAACGCCGACAAUGCGAGCAAUAGCCAGAUCAUACAGCGCACCAAGCAGCUGGGAGCUACGACCGCUGCUAGUAGUGGAGCUACGGCUGCAUCUAUGCGGCGUUUGGAGCGCUGGGUGGACCAAGCGGAGAUGAUGGAGAUGACGUUCGUUGAAGAAGUGGAGAGUGCGCAGUUUAUGCUGGAGGAUGCCCGACGCGACAGCUUCUGCGCUGCUAUCGUGAGUAACGAAGGCAAGGGACUCGAUAGCGUCCAGACGUUGGCAACCAACUUCGUGGCGCUCGGAGCGAAACGCGAAGACGCCAUCUUGAAAGCUGGCGAGAUUCUAGCCAAUCGCUCCAACAUGAUGCUCUUGGUGCACAGUCUGCGCGGCAUGUUCGAUCAACUACGCAAGCGAGACAUCAUGAAGAUGAACGAGCGUCGCAGUCGAGACCGCGCGAAAGCGCACGAUAAACGCGAGCGGAUGGCGCAGAAGUUCCUGAAUAAACAGCGACUAAUCGCUGAAAAGAUCGACCGCACACGAGAAGCUCAGCGGCAACGAGAAGAGGAGGCGCGACUGCAACGACGUAUGGACGAGUUGAAGGAGACACGCGCGCAAAACGCUCGAGAUCGAGCGAGUUUCGUGUGGACAGUCACGAAAACCGACGUGUUGGUGGUGCUGGUGAUCAUGGCCGUUGUGUUUUUCGAGAACCUGCGCGAAGUGGCGUUCGUCAAGCCGCUGUGUCAGCCAGACGAGCAACAACACUGGUGGAUGGUGUCUUGGUGGGCGCCUAGUUCGCUUCAGGUUUUCGGCUGUGAAGUAGCGUACGGCAUGAAGAUUCUGGGGAUUUUACUGGCGCUUGGAGUCCUUUUCUUUGCGGUGGCGCAGCUGAAUUUGGUGGCUGUUAUGCUGCCUGUACUGGGAGCUAUCGCGCUGUAUUAUCUGCGUGACGAGUGGAUGAACAUGCUCGUUCGUCUUCCGUUGCUACUCGUCAUUUACGGCUUUAACUCGGCCGUUCUGUACCUUAUGUUGCUGUACGUCGUGUUCCCGUUUUUGUCGCUGCUUCUGACGGUGGCAACGGGUGUUGGGGUCGCGUGUGAUGCUCCAGAACAGUGUGUUGUAUCGGCUUAUAAGGCCACGACACCCGUGCUUGCAGGUUUGUGGGAACUCGCACGAGGAGCGUAUCGAUUGUAG